AUGGUCAGUGGGAAAAUGGCGGAUUUUACUAUUAUGGCUGCGAUUGCCACCAACCUGAUGUCCGGUGUCCAUGUGUGCCGACAGUUGUGGCUUGGAGCCACACUCACACCACUCGGUUCCGUGAAAACUGUCACAGACAACGUGCAUUUUCGUCUUGGUCGAAUGACCAUUCACUGGACAUGUCGACCGUUCUACAUCAUCCUAUGUUUUCUGACUAUCGUGUUACUUCCCAGCGGUGUUCUAUUGGCAGGUACCCGAAUCCCAAAUCAGUCUAUCUUGAGCGAAGACCACAUGGAGUUCGCGAACGUUUCUUGCAAUGUGAUUCCAGAUUUUGAACAUAUGUAUCUGUUUUUCCCAACCAUAGCUGUACUGUUACUCGGUCAGUUGAUAUGUCUCGCGGUAGCAGCAAAAAUGCGUUACAUGGAACGCCAGGACGGCUUCUUACUUGCUCAUCUGCCACAUUUGAAUGCGCGAUUAUGGAUCACGGUCAAAUUGGCUGCAACCUAUUGUUUAAUAUGGACAAUGGCAUUCUUGGCGAUUUUCUACGCUUCAGUUGCAUUGUGGCAUGUUUUCACGCUGCUUUGUAGCCUACAAGCGAUCUACGUGACUGUGAAUUCCAUAUUUAGUCGCCCGGUUCUGGAUCUGAUCCAUCAGUGGCACGAAGAUAAGAUGGAAGAUUUGAAAGCUGAACAAGCGUUUGUUUGUCGACCGCUGAAACGUACCACAGUUGUCCAACCACGUUCACAUAAUACCCACACCACAGGAUUGGUCACCACAACCAACCCGACUGCUCGAAUCACACAAGCGAACAAUGUAAACUCCAUGCCGAAACAUUCCACGACAUUGGCGAAUAUGUAG